CACGGGCUGUAAAGUGGACAAUACACAGCUGGAAAUCUCUCACGACCACAACAUGUGCAGAGGACUGGAAUCACUGCCCGUUACCUGUCUGGAGAGGGUAAAAGAGCUCAAGUCUUGGUUGGGAAGUUUCCUCCUGAAGCAGGAGCUCAGUGUGAUGCGUCUGUCGAACAAAAAUGACAAGCUGAGGAUAGAGGAGAUGCUCAAGUGGAGAACGUCCUUUCAGAACCUCCUAGCACACAAAGAUGGACUGUGCGCUUUCAGAACCUUCCUGGUGUCCGAGCACAGUGAGGAAAAUGUCGCCUUCUACCUUGCCUGCGAGGACUACAGGAAUACGAAGAUGUCAUCCAAGCUUCGCACCAAGGCCAAGAAGAUCUACGAGGAGUUCAUCGGUUCUGACGCACCAAGAGAGGUAAACCUCGACCACGAGACACAGACCAUCACAAAGAAGAACAUGGAGCAGCCGAGCGUAUCCUGCUUCGACCUCGCCCAGAGUAAGAUCUACACCCUGAUGGAGAAGGACUGCUACCCUCGCUUCCUUAAAUCCACCCUCUACAUGGAGCUCACCAGGCAAUCGUCGCCGUGAACCAAUCACCGUGGACUGGAUAUACCGGGACUAAGACAUCCAAGUGAAGUACGUCUGGUCCAGCUGCUGACUCAGGGUCAUGCCUGGGGUGGACCUGAAGGAACCAGUCAGAGAACCUGUCAGGAAGAGUCGAAAACUGCUGGUGCUGAAGGAAACCAGACGAUGGAAGUCCGUCACGUUGGAGGUCACGACGGAUUCCAGAUUCUGAACUUGAUGAAGAAGCUACUAAAGUGCUGAAACUGCAGGUCUGUCACAUUAAAGCUGGAUUUAUUAUUUCUGAGUCUCACUGCUGUAGUUAUUGAGUUAUUUUAAGGAAUAUUGAUUAUUUAUUAAACACUGGAUUGAAUUUAGCUAAUAUAUUGAUUAUUUAUUACACUGUAAUUGCUGUUUGAAUGGAUUUGGGUUGAAAUAAACAAUGAACAGUA